CCACUUUUCUGUUAAAAUCCGUAGCACAUGCAAUUGCUGUUUCAACUGAUCAUACGAUGGUUAAAACCCUCCUACACUCCUCUAAUUUAAUCGCCGAAUUUCCUCACAGAGUCGCUUCGUCAACCAGUCGAUGACGCUUCAACAGAAUCACCACUCCCCAUUGUCCUCUGCUUUAGCGGAGGAGGAGAAUAUGGGCAAUGUGAAGAAACAAUUAUCCAAGUUGUUUGCCGUUUCACUUCGAGAAAUGCUGCCUCCUCAACUCAAUGCUGAGCCACUGGUUGCUUCCUGUGUACCAAAAUUUGGCGAUUACCAAUGUAAUAACGCCAUGAGUCUUUUCUCUAAAUUGAAAGGAACAAAUAGCAAUUAUCAGAAUCCCCUUGCUGUUGGACAGGCUAUUCAGAAAAAUCUGCCUUUCUCUGAAAUGAUAGAGUCAUCCUCUGUGAUAAAACCCGGAUUUGUGAAUGUUUUUUUGUCGAACAAGUGGAUGGCUGAGUACAUUCAAAAGAUGCUUGUUAAUGGCAUUGAAAGUUGGGCACCCAAGCUUUCGGUUAAACGUGCUGUGGUCGACUUUUCAUCACCCAAUAUUGCAAAAGAACUGCAUGUUGGCCAUUUAAGAUCUACCAUAAUCGGUGACUCGCUAGCUCGCAUGCUUGAGUUUUCGAAUGUUGAAGUUCUUCGUCGAAAUCAUGUUGGUGAUUGGGGGACUCAGUUUGGUAUGUUGAUUGAAUUUCUGUUUGAAAAGUUUCCAAACAUUGAAGAUGUUAAUGAAAGUGCCAUUGGUGAUCUACAGGCAUUCUACAAGGAAUCAAAAAAGAGAUUUGACAUUGAUUCUGAGUUUAAGGAGAGAGCACAACAAGCAGUGGUCCGCCUUCAGGGUGGAGAACCCAAGUACCGCCAUGCUUGGAAACAGAUAUGUGAUAUCAGCAGGAGGGAGUUUGAUAUGGUCUAUCAACGCCUUCGGGUUCAGCUAGAGGAAAAGGGAGAAAGCUUUUACAAUCCUUACAUUCCUGGGGUUUUAGAGGCACUAACCCAGCAAAGAUUAGUUGAAGAAAGUGAAGGCGCUAGUGUGAUAUUUAUUGAAGGGUAUGAUGUACCUCUUAUUGUUGUGAAGAGUGAUGGUGGUUACAACUAUGCAUCAACUGAUCUGGCUGCUCUUUGGUAUCGCCUUAAUGAGGAGAAAGCUGAGUGGAUUAUUUAUGUUACUGAUGCUGGCCAGAAUCAGCACUUCGAAAUGGUUUUCAAAGCUGCCAAACUAGCAGGUUGGCUCCCGUCUGCUGAUAAUUUAUACCCAAAAGUUACUCAUGUUGGUUUUGGCGUGCUUAAAGGGGAAGAUGGAAAGCGCUUUAGAACUCGUUCCACUGAAGUGGUUCGAUUGGUUGAUCUCCUUGAUGAAGCCAAGAAACGCAGUAAAACAGCACUAGUUGAGCGUGGUAAGGGUGAAGAAUGGACUGAAGAUGAGCUUGAGCAAACAGCUGAGGCUAUUGGUUAUGGUGCUGUUAAGUAUGCUGACCUAAAGAACAACCGAAUGACUGAUUACAUAUUCAAUUUUGACCAGAUGCUUAAUGAUAAGGGCAAUACUGCUGUUUACUUGCUGUAUGCGCAUGCUCGUAUCUGUUCAAUAAUCAGGAAAUCUGGUAGAGACAUAGAGGAGCUGAAAAAUACAGCGAAGCUAGUGUUGGAUCAUCCAGAUGAACGUUUUCUGGCACUUCAUUUGCUACGAUUUUCGGAGACGGUUGAAGAAGCUUGCAUCAACUUGUUGCCAAGUGCGAUAUGUGAAUACCUCUACAGCUUAUCCGAAUAUUUCACUAAAUUUUACUCUAAUUGCCAGGUUGUCGGAUCUACAGAAGAAACAAGCAGACUUUUGUUGUGCGAAGCAACAGCCUUGGUCAUGAGAAAAUGCUUUUUUCUCCUCGGAAUUGUACCUGUUUACAAGAUAUGAUAGGAGGGGCUUUCAAGUACUUAUCUUUUCUCUUUAGCACUUAGAAAACAUUUUGUUUAGUUGCCUAAUGCAUUAAAUCACCUUGUAUUUUGCGUUUUGUUGCGAUUUCGCCCAAUUUUGACCUAGCAAGCUCCCUAAAGCACAAAACUGCACCUUUUCUUUGAACUGAAGCCCUUCCAAAUCCUUUCAUCAAUCUCCCUUCUAUCUCUCUGCAAUUCGUUUGAGUUGGUAAUUCUUGAAUUGGAUUGGUUAAUUUCACUGCACUUUAUUUGCUUUUUCCA